AUGUCUUCUCUGGAAGCAAAGCUACAAGUCGAACUGUGCGCGGAAAAAGUCACAUUGUGCAAAUCCAUCUAUGCCGAUGCAAUGUCCCGAUUGGAGCGGAUAUCUGUCUCCGUGCAUGAUCAUAGACGGCGCCAGACAAUGACCUCAACUCAGAGCUCCAGUCCACCCUCGUCUGUACGUGGGCAGGGCGUGGGAGCGGAUUCGACAGAGUCCAUUGUUGAAUUGGCUCAUCCUGAACGGGAUGUGUUUUCCUCAUCACCCCGGCUGAAUGAGAAAUCCAUAUUCCCCACGGACUCUCCGCUCAACCGUCUCAAACUAGAUCCGAACAUCUCGGCGGAUUCGAAAUUUCAUCCUUUUGUCAACGGUUUGCUUCAGCACGUCCAUGCUGCUGCUGCACAAUUGGCCGUUUGUGAUGAAAGUAUCCGACUGAGUUCACCCUCGAUGGGAACAGUUUCUCACAGUCCAUACGCCACUCCCAACUCAGUUCACCCGAGAGCGAGAGUCACCUCUCAGACUUUGUCCGAUUUCAGCACGCGAACAGCCAAUGUAUCCUCCGAUGAUCGUGCCUCGACCAGUUAUGAAACAUCAACUGUCAAACCGUGCCGCGAUCACUCUUUCUCUCACAUGAACUCAUCAUUCGGAGCUGUUUGGGAUUGUUUGUCUGAUCCACACGAUUUGCCCCAAGAUAUCCUCUCCUCUGUUGCUUCCUAUUCGACGUUAUACAUGAAACGCGCUCAUUCUUCGUCAGCCAUACCGACUAGCUGUCUCCAGUAA